AAAAACCAUGACCAAGCAAAACAAGAAAGUUAGAAAAAUGGAAACUAUCUUCUUUGGAAUCAGCAAAAUGCAUGUAUAAAUAUAUGCAUGCCGCCUAUCAGCUGAUUCAGGAAACAACGACCACACAAAAAAACUAAUAGGAUCUUUCUUUGCGAGAAUGGAAGAAAUGAACAAAAGCAUGCAUGAUUCCUUCACCAGUGCCAUGACACUUACCGAGUCAGGGGCUGCUCGGGUGCCUUCCCGUUACGUUCUCCCGCCCUCACAACGACCAGCCCUUCUUCGUCCAAACAUCAACACCGCCCUUCCUGUCAUUGAUCUUUCCCUCUUGGACCAACCUUCCCAUAGAUCACAGACAAUCCACGAGAUACGUAUGGCCUGCAAGGAAUAUGGUUUCUUUCAGGUUAUAAACCAUGAAAUACCGUCAUCAGUAGUGAAAGGUGCCCUAGAUGCUGCAACACAGUUCUUUGACUUGCCUAUGGAGGAAAAGAUGCUUCUGGUGUCUGAUGAUGUUCAUAAACCAGUACGGUAUGGCACCAGCCUAAACCAUACAACAGACAAAGUUCACUAUUGGAGAGAUUUCAUCAAACAUUACUCCCACCCACUCUCAAAGUGGAUUGAUUUAUGGCCAUCAAAUCCUCCAUGCUACAAGGAAAAUAUGGGGAAGUAUGCAGAGGCAACACAAGUGCUACAUAAGCAACUGAUCGAAAUUAUAAUGGAAAGCCUAGGCCUGGAGAAAAAUUACUUACAAGAAGAGAUUGAAGACGGCUCACAAGUCAUAGCUGUGAAUUGCUAUCCAGCAUGUCCCGAACCAGAAAUUACCUUGGGAAUGCCACCACACUCAGAUUACGGCGCACUCACCAUAUUACUCCAGAGUGGCCAGGGGCUCCAGGUAAUGGAUCACAACAAUAACUGGAUCUGUGUUCCAUAUAUUGAAGGAGCUCUAAUAGUUCAGUUGGGAGAUCAGAUAGAAGUGAUGAGCAAUGGCAUAUACAAGAGUAUAAUUCACCGUGUCACACUGAGCAGAGAUGUCAAGCGACUCUCUUUUGCAAGUCUUCACAGUCUGCCACUGCAUAGGAAAAUAAAGCCAUCACCUAAGCUCGUAAAUGAAAAAAACCCAGCUGCCUAUGGAGAAUUCAGCUUCAACGACUUCCUUAACUAUAUCUCAAGCAACAAUUUUACACAGCAAAGAUUCAUCGAUACACUUAAGGAGAAAAUCCCUAAAGAUGAUGCCUAGAGAUGCCUGCUGGUGAGUUACAUACACUAUAGAUACACAUACUCCGUUAUAACAUAAAUGCUUAAAUAAAGUGUAGCAAGUAAACGCCUAAGUACUUGUUUAUCACAUAAAAGCAUAAUUAAAUGCUACGGACUUGUACGACUCAUGAUCUGAAAAUGAUGCUGCUGUUUAGCUUU